AUGGAGCUCAAGGUCUGGGUGGACGGGGUCCAGAGGGUUGUAUGUGGGGUCACCGAGGCAACCACCUGCCAGGAAGUGGUCAUCGCUCUAGCCCAAGCCAUAGGUGAGCUCUGACCUAUUACUCUUGACCAAGGCUUUAGGAUGCUUUAGGCUACUAAUAUUUGAAAUAUAUAAAGUAUUAGCAUUUAUGCCUGUAGUAGGCCUAUACUUUGUUUUCUGAAUGUGCUUUGCCCCGUCAUUAAGGAUUAUAUUGAUAUACUGAGUAAUAUAAUGAUCAUGUAAUGCACCUCUAUCCUAACCAUUUACCUGUGAGACUUUGGUUAUGUAGGAUACUGUCUUUGUCACCAAGCCAUAGUUGAUUGACUGCGUGCAAUGUGGACCAGUGUUAAGUGUUUAGAACUACUAACAGUAGUACUCAAGUAUAGAGAGUGAAGAAGAUAUACUGAUUCUCUGUUGUAAUGUGUUGCUCCACUUGCUUGUAUAAGAAAUGGUGGUUAAUUAAACUCCAAUUUUAAUUAAGAGCUGUCUUAAAAUUAGGCUUGCUGCAGAAAACGUAUUAGCUUGUCGCUAAUUGAAAAUAGGCCUAAUGAAAUUAACAAAUAUGUGUUCCUCUCCUCCUGCCUACGCCUCAACCUCCUGGUGCUGUAGUGAGAGAUAGAGGGUCUUAGUCAGAGGCUUUAUUUGGAUCAGAUUCCCCUUCCUCCCUCCAUCCCUCCCUUCAUCCCUCCCUCCAUCCCCCUCUCUCUUAGUGAGAGGAGAGGAAUGGAGCAGCCUGUAUUGACAUCACUUCCCACUAUGUGGGGCAGGCAAGAGGAGGGAAAGUCUGACUCAUCCCUCCAUCUCUCGCCAGGAAGGGGAAAAGCAGAACCACUGACUGCAGCCCCCUCCUCUCUUCCCCUCGCCUCCUCUCUUCCCCUCUCCUCCUCUCUCCUCCUCUCCUCCUCUCUUCCCCUCUCCUCCUCUCUUCCCCUCUCCUCCUCUUUCCUCCUCUCCUCCUCUCUUCCCCUCUCCUCCUCUCUCCUCCUCUCUUCCUCUCUCCUCCUCUCUCCUCCUCUCCUCCUCUCUCCUCCUCUCCUCUCUUCCCCUGUCCUACUUUUUCUUCCUACUUUCUUUUCUUCUCUUUCAUGAGAUACAGUUUGCAUCAUCUCUUCUUUGGUAAAAUCGCCAUAGAACCGCUUAUAAUAUGGGAUACUGCUUCUUACUCUCCCUUACUCUCCCAAGUGACAUUUAUAUUUAUUCAAUUUGCGACAGUUUUACACAUGGUGAUCAUCAAUUUAAUACUGAGAUCCACUGAUCCUAAACCUCUGUAUAUUCUGGGUUUAAAGAGGGGUCCUAUGCACAGUACUAAUGUCUAAUGACAAGGUUAAUGUUAGGUUUAUUGGGUUUAUCUCUAGUUGGGACAAGCUUUUGGCAAGAGACUGUGUGUAUCAGGGGGUUGUCUCGGUCUCUUUGGCCUUGUUACGUGUGUGAAAAUUGGAAAUUGGAAAAUUAAAUUUCAUAUAUCAUAUGACCUAAAACAGGGUUAUUAAUCACUCUGCAUAGAUUGAUGUUAAAUUAUUCAAGACUCCUACAUUUGCUUUGCGCUUUUUAAUAGCUGGCGAUGGAUGCACUGAUACUUAUCCUAUUGAUCCACAUGAAAUAUGAUUACCACAAGAGCUAUUGUUAAUCUCAAUGGAUUUGUUAGUUAGUUUGUCAAAGUACAUAGGCUGAGAAGACAUUCGCAAAAACAUACACAAAAACAUACACAAAAAGCCUACAUAACUGAACUUGUCUUAUCUGUUUUUCCCAGGCCGCACUGGGCGCUAUACCCUGGUGGAGCAAUGGCGGGACACAGAGCGCCACCUGGCCCCGCACGAGAGCCCAGUGGCCUCCAUCAACACCUGGGGUCAGUAUGCCGGUGACGUCCAGCUGAUCCUGCACCGCACGGGCCCCUCCCUGACUGAACGCCCCCCCUCCGAGGGGCCUCCGCUCCGGGGCCCGGAACGCGGUCUCCACCGGCAGAGCCUCCCCCCGCUUGCCAAGCUCCGCCACCCCAGCGAGCGCUCCCUCCGCCGCCGCGAGCCGCGCCGCAAGUCCCUCACCUUCACCGGCGGGCCCCGAGGCCUCCGGGACAUCCUGAGUGGAGGCCGGGCUUGGGAGGGGAGGGAGGCCGAGGCCAAACAACGUCUCCUACUCCAGGGGAACGUUGGGAACCAGAACAACCACCACUAUGCAGCAGCCGCAGCGGUAGCCCCAGUGGGGGCAGUGUCCCCUGGCAUGUGGGCCUGCCGCAUGGAUGACCUGGUCAGACUGGUGGGGCUCCAGAGAGAGACUCUGGUUGUGCUGAGGAAGAGGCUGGAAGCCUAUGAGGCUGAUCUGCAGACCUGGGGUGGACGUGGGGAUGGCAGAGGGGGAGAGGAGGCCAGAGGAGCAGGGGGGCUGAUGGAGGAGAUAGGGAGGCUGGAGAGACGACUGAGGAAGAACGAGGUGGAGAUGGAGGAGGAGGAGUUUUGGGCCAGCGAACUGCAGAUUGAGCUGGAGAGCGAGAGGCAGCUGGAGGACAGGCUUGAGGAGCUGAUGGGACGUCUGCAGGGCGCUAAGCUCGACCUGGGGGACAGGAUGGCUCUGGUACAGGUGGGUGGGGCACACCUCGGAUUUAUGACCCAUGGGCAUUAGUCAGAUAUGCACAAGUGGCCUGGACACUAUUAUUGCUCACCUAAAUUGCACGAAACUGCACUUGCACUGUUGUACUUUGUAUAGUUUAUUUCAUGAUCUCAAGGAUGAUGUGCUCCUGAUGGUGUUUAAUGUCAGUUUUUAUGUGGUGAAGCCAAAGACACAUUUCCACAUUGCGUGGACAAUAAAGUUUUUGUAAUUCUAAUUCUAAUUAGAAAUGUUACGAUUUCUGUUGAAUAUGACAUUGUUAUAAUCAUUUAACAUUAAAGGUGUACAGGCACCUCACAUCACCAUUUUAAAGACAGCCAAUGCCUGUUCUCUCUCUGAAUGUCUCUCUAUGCCUUUCUAUGCACUUCCAUCUGUAUUUAUAACAGACUACCUGCAAAACAGAUGAUGUGGCUAGGGUGCUGGGAAGCCUAUAUUCUCCUAACCAUCUCCUACUCCUAUUGGUCUCAAACUAAAACCUGUCUGUGUGUCAGGGUGUGGAGGCGGGUCUCGAGGAGGAGCGUCUGCAGCGGGAAAGACAGGAGACUCAGAGGGUGAGCGAGGUGGAGGCCAGGGCGCAGGUGCUCAGGGCCCGCACGGAGCUCAAGACUCAGGACAGACAGGCCGUCCAGCUGGAGAGCAGCUGCAGAGCCGUGGACAGGUCCCUAAGCCAGAGUGGCAAGAGACUGCAGGUCAGACACAUGCAUUGACAUGCACUCACAUAUACACAACCCUGAUGCAUGAGCGUACACAUAAACAAAUGCACAUAGAAACAUAUAGAAUGUUGAAGGAACAUACUGGUGGACACACACACCAUGGGCAGAUUGUUGGGGCAUAAUAUGUAGCCCACCCACGCACCAGGAACAGAGGACCAGUCAGUAUGGAUACAGAUUAUAGGAAGUAUAGAUGGCAAAAAUAUAGAUUUAUAUCGUUGAUCAAUCUGUAUCUCCCCUCCAGGACAUGCAGCAUGAGCUGGAGCAGCUGACCAAGGAGCUGAGACAGGUCAACCUGCAGCAGUUCAUCCAGCAGACUGGCACCAAGGUCACCGUGCUGCCAGCCGAGCCCAGUGAGGACGAGGAGGGGACUACCCACACCGGACAGGGCACAGGUAAUUUACUUCAAAUGAGCUAGAUGCAUCAAUCCUCUUUGUGGGUGCAGCCUCUUGCAUUGCUCUACUCUGCAAUAUCUUUGGUUCUACUGCUCGUGGUCACGUCAUAUUGCUGAGUCUCAGUUUAUUCACCUUGUUCUUUGAAAAGGCAUAAUAAUAACAUAUUAUGUGAUUCAUUGCUGAUGAAUUAAACACAACCAAUAACAAGCCUGUCCACACUGAACAAAGACAGGCAACUUCAUGACAUUGGCUAUAUCACUACCACUGUGCAGAAGGUGUAUUUACAUGCCAUUUCCCUUGUCGGGCGACAUAUCUGUGGAGCAAAAGAGCACAGAUCUGUGCAAAACAUACUGUAAACCUUCAAAUUAAAUCAUGCUGCCAUCAUGUAAAUUAAAUCACGCUGAUUCAUUAAAUGACCAUUUUUGCACAGAUCUGUGAUAUUUUUUAUGUAAAACAUAAUUCCGCUCUUCACUGCUCUGCCUGCCAGGUCACUCAGUCAGUCCAACUAAGGCUUUUAUACAGCAGUUAUCAUUUUCUCUGUGACGUCCCUCUGCCUGCUGAGAGAGGAUUACUCAGCUACAGAGCGCUACAGAGAGCUACAGAGAGAGAGAGAGAGAGAGAGAGGGAGAGAGGGAGGGAGAGAGCAAGAGAGAGUGUGCGAGCGUGUGCGAGCAUGUGUGCAUUUGUUUCACCCCCUCCAGUGGCACUUAUGUCUCCAUGCCAACGGCUGCCUAGAUACGGCUGCUGGCCGCCACCUCAGCUCUUCCUCUCUCCCUCCAUCAUCAUAUCCCUCCAUCACUCUCUCCUGCCGUCCUCCCUCCAUCUCAUGCUUAGCAGUUUCUGUGAUGGACUCAGUGGACUGUAUCUUGCUUGCCAAGAGGCUAGGCUGGCUUGGCAGAAAGAACAGAGGAAGACAGAGAGCUAAGACUAUGCAUAAAUAAUAAACAGCGAGUAGCAGCAGUGCAAACAGUCCGGGUGGCCAUUUGAUUAAUUGUUCAGCAGUCUUAUGGCUUGGGGGUAGAAGCUGUUAAGGAGCCUUUUGGACCUGGACUUGGCGCUCCGGUACCGCUUGCCGUGUGGUAGCAGAGAGAACAGUCUAUGACUUGGGUGACUGGAGUCUUUGACAAUUAUUUGGGCCUUCCUCUGGCACCGCCUAGUAUAUAGGUCCUGGAUGGCAGGAAGCUUGGCCCCAGUGAUGUACUGGGCUGUACGCACUACCCUCUGUAGCGCCUUACGGUCAGAUGCCGAACAGUUGCCAUACCAGGCGGUGAUGCAACCGGUCAGGAUGCUCUCGAUGGUGCAGCUGUAGUGUUCCAUGUUAGAAACUGUAAAAAGACUGUGGUUUUAUGCACUAAACCAGACCUUUUUAAAAUAUCCUCUGUAUUAACCCACACAGCAGUACACCUUUAAAUCCCCCCUCACCCACCAGGUUUUCCCAGAUCACUUUUCCAAAUAAUUUUGAAUAACUGUGUUUUACCAUGUGCUUACCACCUCAUGUAAAGGGUAGGCUCUUGAAUGUAUAUUAGUAUUCAUGCUAAUGGUUUUGCAUUAUGUAAAGUAAUGCGUUUAAUGUUCAUGUCCUUCUAAUAACCUAGCAGGACAUGUGUGUUGAAUCAGCAAGAGCCCUCCAUGUUUGGCCAUUGAAUUAACUGCUAUGGCUGGUGUCAUGCAUAGCUCAAUGCUGACACCCUGUGGACAGACCUAGUAACACAUUUACAUCUGAGAAGUAGAUUUGAAGGUAACAAAUAUCUAAAGCAAAAUAAAGUAACUAAUUAUCUCUCUCUCUUUAUAUAUUUUUUCUCCAUCUCUCCCUCUCUCUCUCUUUCAGACCUGGUUCCUCUGUCCGGUUCCCUGAAGCGUCCAGUCUCCUCCCACCCGAUGCCCGGUCACCUUCGGGUCCUGCAAAGCCCGCUGACGUCUGGCUUAAACCCAGAAGGGAUCUACGUGUAAGAGGACAGAGGACAAAGAGGGGGGAUGUCUAUGUUCCCCUGCCAGCUGGCCCCCUCACUACCAACCUAAAGGUAGCCUGCUUGGUAGUCUGGUCCCAAAACGGUUUUCUUUAGCCAACUCCUCUCCUAGUCACUCCUAGUCAGGAGUUGGUUAUAUACAGAUCUGGGAUAAGACUAGCUCAAGGAUGUGAUAGGACGUCCAGGUAAAGGAUACUUCAGUAACACUCUCCUGUCUAUGCUCUGUCAUGGAUAAAAUGACCUCCACUUACAGAGAGGAUAUGGCUAGAGGCCAUUGUGUACAAGCACUCCAAGUCUCCCACAUGGGACAACACAUGAUGAUGAUUGCUCCAACGAUGAAGGAAAAACUAACACCUGCUCUUUCCAUGACAU